UUCGCCGCGGGCAAUUGCGCCUCUUUGCAGUGUUUGUUUGGCUGGACUGCGAAUCUUCGCCCGAUGCUAACUGAAGAACUGUUUGCAUCCAACUUUGGAAGAAACCUCAAAGUAACGAAGUCUAAGGUGCUUUGUGAAUUAAAAAAAAGUUGCAGAACAAGACUUUGAAAAAUGGGGAGACCCAGGAAAACCUCUGACUCUGCUGCAUCUCCCCGCCCAGCUGCUACAGCCCCCAAGGCAGGUCCGGGAGCUCCUCGGUCAUCGGCCACCUCCAGGACCGCCCCUGCAACCGGUGCAAACCCAACGGCUACGGUUCCUAAGAGUGGGAGCGGCAGAGGGUCAGCCCCAGAGGAGGCUUCCUAUUCCAGAAAGCCUAGAGGAGCAGGGGAGAGCGCCCAGCCCAGGCCUGCGACGGCUUCUGAUGGCCGGCGCGGAGGUCCAAGGAAGAGCGAUGGAGGAGCAGUCAAGAGCCCCGCGGCGUCGGGUGGAGUCAAUCCUCCUCCUACUUCCGAUGCCGCGAGCAAAGCCCAAGGCAGAGCAAAGGGUUUGCCUCCUGCACCCCUCUCCCCUGAAAAAGUGGCUGAGGUCGAGAGGGAAACCCGGGGCCAGUGGAGAAACCCCGAAUGGCACAAGUGGCGCGAGAACCGCAUCACGGCCUCCAUCGCUCCCAGGAUCUCCAACAGCAAGUUUGUCAACGGCCGGACCUCGGAAGUGCCUCAGUCGUACCUGAAGGAGGUGGUGGGAUCCGGCUCCGGGGUACGCACCCCGGCCAUGAAUUGGGGAGUCCGCAACGAGAAGGCGGCAGUGCAAGCUUAUGAAGCCCUCAAGUCCAGCACGGCCAAGAAGCCGGUGAAGGUGAAGGACUGCGGCCUCUUCGUUGACAAAGACAAACCCUGGCUGGCUGGCAGCCCCGAUGGCAUUGUCCAAGAUGCGAAAACCGGCAAGGAUCUUAGUCUCUUGGAGGUGAAGUGCCCCUACAAACACAGAAAUAAGACGGUGGCCGAAGCGUGCCGAGACGAUACCUUCUGCCUGGAAAAGGAAGGCAGUUCCUACUCGUUGAAGAAAAAUCAUCCCUAUUAUACCCAGGUUCAGUGCCAGAUGGGAGUUUCCGGCUUGGACAAAACUGAUUUUGUCGUUCACACCAACAAAGAAACUGCAAUUGCCCCGGUGGAUUUCGACCCGGUUUUUUGGAAGCAAACGGUCCCCAAGCUGGAGAAGUUCUACACGGAUGCCGUGGUCCCUUAUCUGGAAGAGAAGAAGAACCUUUGUGCUGUCUGGGCCAAUGAAGAGUGAAGCUGUGGGAAGUUUGAGAUAUUUUCUUCUUCUCUUUUUUUUCUUCUUCAGAAGAUGUGCCUUCCACCUGUUAACCCCGUUCUCCUUUCUUUCUCCGAGUGGACAGAAUGAGCUCUUGUGUCCGAAGGCAGCUUUGUAAACUCUGUGGGGCGGCCUGGGGCAGGGCUUCUCAACCUGGGCGAUUUUUCAGGUGUGGAUUUCAACUCUCAGAAUUCCCUAGGCGGCUAGAGAAUUCUGGGAGUUGAAGUCUACAUCAUC